GUUUCAAUCCAGGAUUUGGGGGCGGUAUCGCCUUAUUAUCUAAAUUUCCUCUAAAAAUGAGAAUAAUAGGUAGUUUACGGUAACUAGUUUGUAAAGUAAAAUAGUAUUUGAGUCUAAUGCCUACUGUUGGACCACAAUAGGCCUAAGUCAGGAUGAUUGGGGGCCUGUUUGUGUACAACCAUAAGGGUGAGGUGCUGAUCUCCCGCGUGUACCGGGAUGACAUUGGUCGGAAUGCUGUUGAUGCGUUCCGUGUGAAUGUGAUUCAUGCUCGCCAGCAAGUUCGAUCACCCGUCACCAACAUUGCGAGAACCUCAUUCUUCCAUAUUAAGCGUGCCAACAUUUGGUUGGCUGCCGUUACCAAGCAGAAUGUCAACGCUGCCAUGGUGUUUGAGUUCCUACUUAAGAUCAUAGAUGUUAUGCAGUCAUACUUCGGCAAGAUCUCUGAAGAGAACAUCAAGAACAACUUCGUUCUAAUCUAUGAGCUCCUUGAUGAGAUCCUAGACUUUGGGUAUCCUCAAAAUUCAGACACAGGUGUGCUAAAAACAUUUAUUACUCAACAAGGGAUCAAAUCUGCAUCUAAAGAGGAGCAGGCACAGAUCACAUCACAGGUCACAGGGCAGAUAGGAUGGCGUCGCGAAGGCAUCAAGUACAGGCGGAACGAGCUAUUCCUAGACGUGCUUGAGUAUGUCAACUUGCUGAUGUCACCGCAAGGUAAGCAAGAAAAUCGUGGACAAGUGUUAUCAGCACAUGUGGCCGGUAAAGUGGUGAUGAAGUCUUACCUCUCCGGUAUGCCCGAGUGCAAGUUUGGCAUCAACGACAAAAUCGUCAUGGAGGCCAAAGGGAAAGGGAACGGCGGCAUAUCUGGCAACACCGACAGCGACCCGGCCCGCUCUGGCAAGCCGGUGGUGGUGAUUGACGAUUGCCAGUUCCACCAGUGCGUCAAAUUGAGCAAAUUCGAAACGGAACACUCCAUCUCUUUUAUACCACCCGACGGGGAAUUCGAGCUCAUGAGGUACCGUACCACAAAGGAUAUAUCGUUGCCGUUCCGCGUAAUCCCUCUAGUGCGUGAAGUUGGCCGCACCAAGAUGGAAGUGAAGGUGGUUCUGAAGAGCAACUUCAAGCCGUCCCUGCUCGGACAGAAGAUUGAAGUGAAGAUACCAACCCCUUUGAACACUAGCGGGGUGCAACUGAUAUGUUUGAAGGGCAAAGCGAAGUAUAAGGCUUCGGAGAACGCCAUCGUUUGGAAAAUUAAACGCAUGGCCGGCAUGAAAGAGACGCAGCUAUCUGCUGAGAUCGAGCUUCUGGAAACAGACACGAAGAAGAAAUGGACCCGCCCGCCCAUCUCCAUGGGAUUCGAGGUGCCUUUCGCGCCUUCAGGGUUCAAGGUUAGAGAAAGCUCGUUUCGGUAUGGAUAUUUUUUAUCGGCUCGUUUCGGUUCGUUACUUGAAAGUGUUCGAACCGAAAUUGAACUAUUCGGAUCACGACGUGAUCAAAUGGGUGCGGUACAUCGGCCGUUCCGGACUAUACGAGACCAGAUGCUAAGACUCACGGCACAAGGACCGCGGUCCUCGGGAUAUGUUUCGGGGAAAGGUGCUGGAGUAUUGUUUAGUUUUGACUGGGUAGGGUCUCGCUCGUUUCAUUCCACCGAGAGGUGGGGAGGAGUCCACAGAUACCUCCGUCUCGCUUUUCCCAGUGGGCGAAGAAUCCGUAAUGGAUUAUCCAAACAUAGAGAAAAAAAGGUGAUCACCGUCUCCUGUAGAUAUCUUCAUGACGCCCGGUUUACCCGCCUUUUAAAGACCGCUUUUGAAGACCGCAGAUAUCAUAGCAGAAAGGAAAGAUCGCUGAAGUUAUAUAGUUCGUUCAAGAUCAUGCUGGAAAGCAAGACAAAUGUAUCAAUAACUCACUAG